UGUUCCAGAGGAGAUAACCUGUAAAGGUCAGAUGAAACUUUGAUGAUCCCCGCGGAAGCAUUGGAUAAUACCAACCAUGGCGAGGUCAAAGGCGAGAGUGUACACUUGUUGCGCACUGAUGCUGCUCUGCGUGGUUGCAGUCAUUGUGUGUAUAGCUGUGCUCGUGAGGCGCAAGUGUCCAGGUGACACUUUCUCAAGCGCUGCAGUGGCCGCAGACUCUGGGAGGUGUUCGCAGAUUGCACGAGACAUACUUCAGAAAGGAGGCUCAGCGGUAGAUGGCGCCAUUGCUGCGCUGCUGUGCACCUCCGUCAUCAACCCGCAGAGUAUGGGCCUCGGAGGGGGGUCCAUAUUCACAGUGAUGGACAGCUCUGGCAAAGUGAAAAUCAUCAACUCCAGAGAGACUGUACCAGGGAAGUUUAAAUCUGACCUGCUCAAGUCAUGUCCCAAGACCUUCCAGUUUAUGUCAGGUAGCCAGUGGAUCGGGGUCCCAGGGGAAGUUCAGGGUUAUGAAGUGGCACACAAGCUUUAUGGGAAGUUAAAGUGGGCCACCCUCUUCGAGCCGACCAUCAAACUGGCCAGAGGAGGAUUUCCUGUUCCACAGGUCCAGGGUCGAUACAUCCCGUUCACUGAUUCAAACAUGACUCAGCCACUACGAAAGUUGUUUUCAGAUAAGAAUGGCAACUUGCUGAAGGCUGGUGAUAUUAUUAAGUUUGAGAAACUGGCUGACACUUUGGAGACGAUUGCAAAACAUGGGCCGGGUGCUUUUUACACUGGAAGAAUAGCAGAGGAUUUAAUCCGUGACAUACAGGAGGCAGGAGGAACACUUACGGCACAGGACUUGGCAUCGUAUAAUGUUACAGUGACUGAUGCGUGGGCUUUUCCUUUGGGAGAGUACCAGAUGUACAUACCCCCACCCCCUGCAGGAGGCAUCAUCCUCAGCUUCAUCCUUAACGUCAUGAAAGGAUAUAACUUGAAUCCAGCAUCUCUGGUAGGACAACAAAAGACACUGGCCUAUCACCGCCUUGUUGAAGCUUUUAAGUUUGCCAAUGGAUUAAAGAAACACAUUCGAGAUCCACGCUUCAGCUCAGAGGAAAUGGCCAGGAAAUUCACAGAGGAUAGCUUUGCCAAGCACAUACAGAGCUUGAUCAGCAGCGACAAGACUCACGAUCCCCAGUAUUACAACAUCACCCCGUAUCUGGACAGCAUGGGCACCACGCAUGUGUCUGUGCUGGCUGAGGAUGGCUCUGCUGUGUCUGUCACCAGCACCAUCAACCACAUAUUUGGCUCUAAGGUCGUCUCUCCUAGGACUGGAGUCAUCCUCAACAACCAGCUGUACGAUUUCUGUGGAAGAGUCGAUAACAUCUUUCCUGGGGAGCAGCCUCCAUCCUCCAUGGCCCCCGCUGUGCUCAAGUCUCAGUCGAAGACGCUGGUGAUUGGAUCGACUGGUGGGAGCAUGAUCACGACUGGGAUCAUCUCGGCACUCAUGAAUCACCUUUGGUUUGGAAAAAGCCUCAAGGAGGCGAUUGCUGCUCCGGUUGUUUUUGUCGACUCUCAAAAUGCAGUGAAGUUUGAGCCCGGCUUUGAUAAGAAUGUAAUCGAGGCUCUGAAGGCUCUGGGGCACAAACAUGAAAGUGCAAAAUAUUUCUUCAACGUGGUCAAUGCUGUGGAGAAGAAGGACGGCUGCAUCUGUGCUGUGUCUGAUGCCAGGAAACUGGGCGAAGCAGCUGGUUACUGAGACUGCGAGCUGCUGAUAUUGGUUAUUCAGGAGGGCCUGAAGGUUACAGAGACCUUUCACAGCCACAAAACCACAAAGGCUUCAACAGAUGGUGUUAAAUCAUUGAACAAGUCACUGAACAACAGGCCUCUUCAGCUGAACACACAGUCUAACAUGUAGCAGUUAAACACGUGGCAUCUGAACAGAACGGACUGUAAUGGUGACACUAUGGAUUUUACUGUGAAAGAAGAAACAACUGUGACUGUAUCUGACCCCAGUGACUCCUCUGUUCGGCUUGUUUGGACAAAUCUGUAGCAAUUUAUUGUUACUUUUUGAAUCUUUCUCUUGUAAGACCAUUUUUUACAUCAUACAAAUGACUUGAUAGUGCAUUCAUGUUAUUAUCUGAGACAUAAAAUAUAUAACAGGCUUUUUUUUAUUAAGUUAUUACUUGUUCAUAGCUGGUAUUUCUAUUAUUCACACUCUUAGUACCAAAGUUAUUCUGUCACCUCCAUUAUAUGCUGUAUGCUGUAGCAAUGUUUAUGGAAUAUGCAGUGAAUUAAAUAUGGAUAUUAUGUAUAAUAUUCAAAUAAAUAUAUUUUUUUUAACAUGUUUCAUGCUACAGUGCAAGGGCGUAGGGUUAGUUUCAACACUGAUACACUUUAUGCAUUCUGGUGAAUUUUUUAUGCACCGAUUUAUGCCUUUUUGGCUUCAAUUUUUGGUGAAAAUGUAUUUAAAUUUGUCAAAAAUAAAAGUUCUUGGCUA